CCCAUUGGUUUAAGGUGUAGAGAAAGUAAAAGCUAAUAGUAGCAUUUGGUUUUAUAGUAUUACUCGAAACAAAGAAACACUCAAACGAGAUGAUGAAACAUAGCUGCCAGAAAGCUUUCUAGUCUUACAUCAAUCUCAUCAUCAUCAUCAUCAUCAUCAUCAUCAACAUCCAUCCAUGCAUAUCCGACAUCAACCUCUUCCACUCUCUCUCUCUAGUCUCCAUCUGUAGUCUCACAAACGGAAAUCCUCUGAUAUAUCAAUCAAAACCCUCACUUUAUUUUUGCCUCUUCUGAAUGUAUUCUUCUGUUCUUCCCUUUGUGGUCUUUGUUUGUGUUUUAUAUAUAUGAUAUAUAUGAGGUUUUGAAUUGAAAGUUGAAACCCUAGAAAUAUAUAUUCAAGAAAUCGAUGGAUCCGUAUCCGGAAGUUGAGAGUUUGAAUCCGGGGAAGAAUAGCGGCGGUGCGGGGAGCUCGGCGGCGGCGGCUUCGUCUUCUUCGUCGGCGGCUGCGGCGGCGUCGGCGUCGACGUCGAGCCGUUACGAGAAUCAGAAGCGGCGGGACUGGAACACGUUCGGGCAGUACUUGAAAAACCACCGGCCGCCGCUCACGCUCUCCCGGUGCAGUGGAGCUCACGUGCUGGAAUUUCUCCGGUAUCUCGACCAGUUCGGGAAGACGAAAGUCCACACGCCCGUCUGUCCCUUCUACGGCCACCCUAACCCGCCGGCGCCGUGCCCCUGCCCGCUCCGGCAAGCUUGGGGUAGCCUCGACGCGCUCAUUGGCCGCCUCCGAGCCGCGUACGAGGAAAACGGCGGCAAGCCGGACACCAACCCUUUCGGAGCUCGCGCCGUCCGCCUUUAUCUCCGAGAGGUUCGUGACCUGCAGUCCAAAGCCAGAGGCAUUAGCUACGAGAAAAAGAAGCGGAAACGCCCGCCGCAACCUCCUCCGUCUCAGCCACCUCCGCCACCGUGAACCACCAGGUCAAAUACCAUCAUAUCCCUAAAAACCUACUAUUCUUCCACUCACCCAAGUUAUCAUCCUUAUCUCAUAAUAAUAAUAAUAAUAAUUGUAAAUGGGUUCAAGCCAGUUAGCUAUGGAUCGGAUAACCUAGUCUG